AAAGUAGUGAGGUCUUCGCAUUUCUACAGACACAUGGCUGGUAAACCUUAAGAAAGCACUGAAAGGGAGUACAACUUUUCUUUUCUUGAAUACAGAAGGCAAUCCAAACAGCUGUAUUAUGAAACUUCCUGUAACCACCAGCAACGCUUCGUUGUCAGUUUCAUUUCAGUGAAACCAAAACUUAAAAAGGAGCUGUGCAUUCUCUCACACAAACACAGACCUCAGAUACCCGACGACAGCAUACACAACACAGGAUGAUGAAGAUGUCAAGAAGAGUCACCAGUUGCUGCAUAGUUCUUCUCUUUGCCCUGACCUCUGUGUCAGCUGUACGAAUACUUCAAUCAAUCGAUGAUUUGAAGAAAAUCGACUUUGGCCAAUCUGUGCCCGAGCACAGUCUUUUGCUGCUCCACUGGUUUGCCAACACAAUUGACAUCGAUAAUAACAAUAUAAUAUGGCUGACCUUUGACCCAAACAGUGGUGAUUAUGGUGCACAUCAUUAUGGCAACUACGAGGGGCUGUUGGACCCACUGCCUCGGGGACAUAUCAGAUACCAGUACUACGCUGUUGGAAAUCUCAAUCAAGAAACGUCCAUGGAACUUCCAUCUUACGUUGUCAAUCCCCCACCAGAGUACGUGGGAACAAACAGAGACAGGAUCAUCAUUCGUGUCAGAGAGCAGAACACAGGACGGCAAGGUUUGCAAAGGAUAGACCAAGUGUAUAUCACACAGCAUUACGACACUUCUGAAUACCAGGGUACACCUUAUGAUCCAGCUCAUACCUACAGGAUCACUACUAACCUCUUGAGACAGAUCAGAGAGUUUUCUGUGGGACAAAACCAACAGCAACUGUCACGUCUUAGAAACCGCUAUGGAAGUAACGCUGAUGAUGUCCUGUUAAGGCACAUCAGAAACAUAUGGGAUGAACUUGCUUGCCUUGGACUGCUACUGUUUAUUGUGAUCCAAGAAAAGCACUCCAUUAACCAACACAACUACAGACCAAAAAACGACUACAGACCAGAAACCACAAACAGACCAGAAACCAACAACAGACCGGAAAACAGACAAAAUGAUUGGUGUGAUGAUGCUUGUGUGCACUGCUGCCUUUUUAUAACCAUUUUGGUUUUAGUAAUAUUUUUUUUGUUCAUUCCAAGCAGAUUCUAAGAAAUAAGGGAGAGCAAUGGUCUUUAUUAAUGUCUAAACCAAGGUGUGAUGAUCGCACUUUUUAAGGAUGAUAAGAAUCCAAAAAAAGACGUUAUAGCUUCUGUUACCCUGUUGGCUAAAAGAGUAAUAUGGACCAAUAUGUAAUAUCUCUGUCUCAUACCCACUGGAUAAGAGACAUCCUUUAUUUUUCUUAGAUAAUGAAAAAAUCGUUUAAUUGUGUGGUUCGUCCAAUAUAUUUGUAAAAAUAUGGGGUCCGUUCUUGAAGUUCAUUAAGAGGAUUCAUCUCCUACUUAUUCCUGAUUGAAGCAACUUUUGUGGUUUAAAGGGGUUUUGUUAUAGUGUUUGUUGUGGCUUUGGUGAUAUGCUGCUGUACUGAUUAGUUUACUAUUAGUUCACAGAUGCUUUGUGUGUGUUUGUGUUUCAUUUUUCCCCUUUUAAUGUUUCAUAUAUGAAUGUCUUGUUUCAAUUUUCUUAGUCUUUCUAAGUUGUUUUGGUUGUUAAGCUGUAUGUUGAUUAUCACUGUUUAUGUCUUUGUACAAAGGGAAUGUACACCUUUUUACUUUUUUUUACCUGCUCUAAUGAUACAGUUGUAUGUUAAAUAUAAAAAGCAAUAAACAAAGUUUUUAAAAAAGAAAAAAAAAAAAAAAAGGAUGAAGAGGACCACAAAGCCAACAGAACUCAUAAAGCGAUUGGUAACAGUGAAUCAGACAGUUAUGUAUGAAGCCAGGAUGGUUAUGGUACAUUUUUUGCAUUGAAAAUAAAAGUUCCUUUGAAACAAAACCUGAACUGAAAAAAGAAAACACUGAAAUUGAAACACUUAGUUGAAAAGGUUGUAUUUGCAUUAAAAAAAAAAGUUCCCACUGUAAAAUAAAACAGACAUUAAAUACAAGCUGAACUUCCAAUAAAGACUGAAUCUAAC